GUAUUUACAUUAAAUAGGUACCUAGGCACGAUUAGUGCACAAUAUGUUAUAAUGUUAAAUUGUCAUAUCGUGGUCUCUGAUUGUGGUGAAUUCUGAUUAUUCUGCUAUAAUAUUUAAAUAUUAUAUUAUACCUAUUUAUAAGUAUUUUGAACCAUUUUCAAAUAACAGUAUCAAAUUGAUCGGAUAGUGGACGAUAUAUUAAUAUAAUAUUUACAAUUAUUUUUCUGUUCGUCGUUACGUGUCAAUUGUAGGUACCUGUUAAAAUGUUACCGGACUUCUUAUGUAGACCACUGAUCAUGUUAUUUGGCAUAUUAUAUCCAGGAUAUAUGUCAUACAAAGUGCUCAAGACAAAGCGAUCAACAAAUUAUGGUAUAUGGCUAAUGUAUUGGAUAACCUUUUCAAUGUUCACUUCAGUAGAGACCAUAACAGACAUAUUUAUUGGUCCUUGGUUACCAUUUUACAAUGAGCUGAAGCUAUUGUUUCUUUACAUGACUUAUCCAACUUCAGACAGCUCUCUAACUUAUGUGUACAAAAAUAUUAUAAGUCCAUUUAUAAAACGACAUGAAAAGGAUAUUGAUGCUCAAAUAAGCAAUUUUAAAAGUGGUGGCUUACAGACCUUGAUGAUAACAGGCAAAAAGUGUACAAACAUUUUCUUGAAGCUGGCUAUAAAAGCUUUCCAAAUUUAUGGGAUACAAGCUGUUCAGUUACAAAAUAUUAGUAUGAAUAUAGACACAACUUUGGUUGAGAAUAGCGAACCAGAUGGAGAUAUUAAUUGGGAAGAAGUCAUUAAUGAUUCUGAAGACGACACUUCAUUUAAGAUGACUAGUUCUUCAGAAUCUAUAACUUCUUUAGUAAGAGAGGAAACACCUGAAUAUUCCUUCUCAGACAUGUAUGGAAAUGCACAGACAAAAGACAAUGGAAUAACAUAUGAUCCGCCGUCCUCUAACACACGAAGAAGAAAAAAAGCACCUUGAAAAAACAAACUUAAAUUAAUUCAUAUAAUUAUCUGAUACAAACAAAUUGCAUACAGUUUUUUCAAUAUGUGUAAUUUAAUGUUAUUUUUUUAUAUAAUACUUUUUAUAAUAGUUGAUCUCUUUUUUCAUUAAACAUAUUUUUAUACUCCAUA